GCGAACCGGCGGGGGAGAUGGUGCUGCUGAGCGCGCCGUGCUGGCUCCGCAGCCGCCUUACCGACCGCUUCUGGAGGGUGCAGGAGGUGCUCAAGUAUGCCCGGCACUUCCGGGGAAGGAAGAACCGCUGCUAUAAGCUGGCUGUACGAAGCGUUCGGAGAGCUUUUGUGAGGUCUACAAAGGCUAGAAGAGAGAAGAAGAGGUUCCUAAGAGCGCUCUGGAUCACUAGGAUCGAAGCCGCUUCCCUCGAACAUGGUUUGAAAUACCCUGCUUUCAUAAGCAAUCUGCUCAAGUCUCAGGUGGAGCUGAACAGAAAAAUGAUCGCGGACUUGGCCAUUUAUGAGCCGAAGACGUUCAAGUCCCUCGCUGCCUUGGCCCAGAGGAGGAGACAGGAGGGCUUCCGUGCUGCCCUGGGGGACGGAAAAGAGCCGGAGGGGGUGUUUUCACGGAUUGUGCACCACUACUGA